UGCUGUUGAACUUUGCUAUCGUUAUAUCAAGGUUUUCAUGUAUAUAAGAUUUGUUCUCUGAGCGAGGCGUGCAACAUAUAUUGUUGAAGAAGAAAGUACGCUGUGAAAUAAAAAUAUGAGGCGAUUAGCAGUGUUGGUGGUGAUCAUACUUGUCAUCUUUGUCGAUGAAAGCCAUGGUUUCCAGUGUUGCAAGGGGUACACAGACAUUUUGGGAGAAGAACACCCUUCUCUGUUGUGCGAAGACUAUUGUUGUUGGAAUCUUAAUCUGAAACAACUAAAAGUGUGUUGUAGUGACGAGUACAGAAUGGUUUCCUCGAACGAUAGAGAUCAGGUGUCGUGCGUGAAAAGUUGGAUAGAAGAAUACAUAUGGGUACCAAUCGUUGGCAGUAUUGUUGUUCUUGCCGUUAUCAUCGCCGUGGUAGCGUGUUGUUGUUGUGGAUGUUGUUGCUGAGAACACUUUGUUGCAACUCUGACUAAUGACAAUCAACGAUGAUGUCUGUCAUACAAUAAAUCGCAAAUGUUUGUACACAUAUAUAUCAAAAUGUUUAUGAAAUCAAUUGUUAUUAAAUAUAUGAAAUAAAUACCUAAAACGUU